AUAAUCAAGCAAAAGAAAAAUGAGCUUCGUCUAUGGCUUCCAGUCCGCUUCUAGAAACUGUGUUUUCUUCCGAUUUAAUUUACUGACCAACUGGAGAAAAUGUAACACACCAGCUGUGACCUCACUGAACUGUCAUCAAGCACAAAUUAACCAUGUAGUGAAUAAGCAUCAGGGCCUGGGAGUAAAUCCCUGUGAUAGGUUGACUUCUCUGCUUGGAAACUUUCAUUUCUAUAGGAUUUUUAAUAACAGAAGAACAGGAUACCUUUUGAGUAUUAGAAGUAAGGACAUUUGGAGGAUUACCCCAAAAUGUACUGCACAGAGUGACUCUUUUUCAAGACAGAAACUGAUAGACGAAGUUGCAGUAGUUCCUGCUCUUUCAGUAUCGCAUCCUCUAAACUGCUUUCCCAUAAGAGACAUCAGGAGUUUCCACACUUCUCCACGGUUUCAAGCUGCUCCCAUUCCUCUCUUGUGGAUAAUUCUUAAACCAGUGCAGAAACUACUUGCAAUCAUUAUUGGCAGGGGCCUAAGGAAAUGGUGGCGUGCACUCCCUCCCAACAAGAAGGAGCUAUUUAAAGAAAGUGUGAGGAAGAAUAAAUGGAAGAUAUUCCUGGGUUUGAGUGGUUUCGGAUUGCUGUUCGUAGUGUUUUAUUUUACUCACCUGGAAGUGAAUCCAAUCACAGGAAGGACCAAGCUACUGCUGUUGGGGAAAGAACAUUUCAGUCUUUUAUCAGAACUGGAAUAUGAAGCAUACAUGGAAGAAUUUAAAAAUGAUAUGCUAACUGAGAAAGAUGCCCAAUACCUGAACAUUAAAGAAGUGUUUUAUCAUUUAAUUGAAUGCAAUAAAGAUAUUCCAGGGAUCUCUGACAUCAAUUGGAUUAUUCAUGUGGUUGAUUCCCCAGAUAUAAAUGCCUUCGUGCUUCCAAAUGGCCAUGUGUUUGUCUUCACUGGGCUUUUCAAUGCUGUGUUUGAUAGGCAUCAACUUGCCUUCAUUCUGGGCCAUGAAAUAGCACACGCAAUACUUGAGCAUGCCGCAGAAAAGGCCAGCGUGGUUCAUUUAUUGGAUUUCCUAGGUCUGAUUUUCCUCACAAUGAUUUGGGCCAUUUGUCCUCGAGAUAGUUUGGCAAUCGUGGGCCAGUGGUUACAGUCUAAAUUGAAGGAGUAUUUGUUUAGUAGACCAUACAGUAGAACAUUGGAGGCCGAAGCUGACAAAAUUGGACUACGGCUUGCUGCAAAGGCUUGUGUGGACGUCAGAUCCAGUUCAGUGUUUUGGCAGCAGCUGGAACUUGUAGAUACCCUCUCUGGUGAUCCCAAGUUGCCAGAAUGGUUAUCCACACAUCCUUCUCAUGGAAAUCGAGUUGAGCACUUGGAUAGACUCAUACCUGAGGCUCUCGAAAUUAGAGAGAUGUGCAAUUGCCCACCACUCUCAGAGCCGGACCCUCGAUUAGUGUUUAAACUCACCAUGAAGGAUUUUCUUGAAAAAUCAGAGAAAAAGGACCUAAGUAUCACUGUUGAGAAACAGAAAGUGAAUAUUCUUCCCAUUGAAAAACAGAAGCAAACAUCAUGAACUUAAAUAGUUAAAAAGACUGGCAGCUGAAUUGAAAUAUGUGAGACAACGGAUAUAUGAAGAACACAGCUAUCCUUAUCAUUUCUAUGUUACGAUUUUUUUAAAAAAAUGUUCCAAAUGAAAAAAAAUUGAUAUUCAGUCAAAUCAUGUAUAUGACAGGUAUUACCUAAAUUUUUCUAGGUAUUUUUCAUGAAAUAUGGAUGUAUUCUAAUCUAUUUUAAAAUAUCUUCAAUGAGGAAAAUGUCA